AUGGAUACAUACCAGCCGAGAGUCCACUGGUUUCGACAGGUCCUGAACCUGAUCGGCUGCCUCGUCAUUUUCCCACUCUACCGUGCUGCGGCUGUCAACACCUACUACCCAGCGACCGUGGACCUGCUGAUCAGCAUCCUUCUGGCAGAGUACUGUCGUUUUAAUAACGAAGGCCGCCGGAUAGCUUUUCGAGAGGCCGCAUCGCAUCCCAAGGACAAAGAAGAUGUGGAGAAACAUGCACUGGCAGCUGCUGCCUCGCGUCACUCAGCGAGCAGUGAAGCCAUCACCGCCAUCGUUGGCUGGCGCGAGGAUCCGUCAUUGUGGGCGCGGUGCCUAGAAAGCUACAAGACAGCCAGCGGCUGCAAAUUCCUGCUGGCUGGAAUUGACGGUCAUGACUCGGAUGAUAUGGAGAUGAUCGACAUUUUCAAGAAGGUCUACCCUACGCAGGCAUGCGUUAUCCAUGUCGACACGCCCCUCGGGGAGGUCGCCAACGCGGUCCGGGCCUCGGAGAGGACCAGAAGGCGUAAGCUGGGUGAGCCCAUGGACGAUGACGAGAUCAACAGGAUCGCGAUGGACCGGUGCACGCAUCUAGCGCGGCGCAUGCUCGACGAACAUCUCGGGGACAGACCGUUGAGUGGGCCGGACGGCAUAAGGCAAAUGUUGGUAUAUCAGCGGCACUUGCACAAGAAGGGCAUCAUGUUCACGGUGCUGGUCUUCUCCAUCGUGCUGGCGGACUUGCUGGGGGUUGAGUUCGUGUGGUCAUCCGACUCGGACACAAUCGUGCUGCCGGAAUCGCUGGAGGGCACUAUCAGCACUGUCGCUGGCGACCACACGAUCGGGGGGGCCAGCUCUGGCCUGGUCGUACACAAUGCCGCUGAUACGGUCGUCACAAAGCUUGCUUCCACGAUCUACUGGUGUGAAUUGUACCUUACUCGUUCUAUGCCAGGAUCCAUGGCUGUUAGCGACUGUCAGAGUGGCCCCAGCGCGGUAUUCAGACUGUCUGCUAUCAGUCCGAUUUUGGUGCCUUGGUACAACCAGCGGGUAUUUGGGAAGAAAAUGAUUGUCAACGAGGACCGUCAUCUCACCACACUCCUGCUGCUCCAGGGUUGGCGCGUUAUCUACGCUGGCGAUAUCAUGACAGAAACAGAAAGCCCAACAACACUUGUGCGCUGGAUUCGUCAACAGCCGAGUAAGGUUCGCUGGGCUCGAGCGCAACACAUCGAGUCGUUGCUUCUACCGAGCGUCUAUGCCAAAUCGCACCCAUUCCUGUUCAUGUCGGCGUUGCGGCGCGAGGUGGCCCACUUAAUUGUGUUCGUGCAGUGCCUGCUGUACCUGUUCACAGAGCACAACCUCUUGUACUUGAACAUGCCCGAUUUCGGGCUGCGCAUCGUCGGUAUCGCCAUCUACAAUUUCCUCAGAAAUCCGGAUCGCCAGUCUACGGCCGCUGUGUUUUGGAUGGUCCCUGGCCUCCUGUUCUAUAAUGUGCCUUUGCCGGCUGUGCAGGCGUGGAGCCUGGUCACACUUACGGCAGAUACAUGGGGAAACAGCAUGAGGUCCAGUACCGAGCAAGCCAAGAAGGAAAGCCUACGGAAAAGGUGGUUUGAGUCUGGUUUCUUCGUUGUCUGGAUGGGGGCUGUGGGAGCUAUGCUUGCGAAAUGGAUAUCUACGCGGAUGGCGCUGAUGCCUGCCCAGAUGGUUGUUGUGAUGCUGUUGGCGGCAACAAUUUGUGCCUUUGUAUCAUGGAAAAUCACCAUAAAGGCUGCAUAG